UGCUUCGUCAACCCCGGUCUCAUUAACCCCUACCUCCCGAGGUCCUCGCAGGCCAAGUCAGUUUCCCCAAAUCUUAUCCUCAGCGACUUCCUCCAUGGGAACGCAAGUCCAUGCCAUAUCUCGCAUCAAUACAUCCACAACUGUAGGUUCGUGAUGGUUCUGAUAACUGGACUUCCGCCGGAGAUCAUCCAUAACAUCCUCACAUUCGUUGACCCGGCCGACUUGGUGUGGAUUCCUCGGGUCUGCACGAGCUUUCACUACAGUGUUGCCCAAAACAAGUCCCUCUUUAAGCAUGUCUAUCUGGGAUAUUUUGACACCCCAGAGAAUCAUGACAUUGACUUCGAGCACAUCCUCAAAGACUGGGUGCGACUGCAGGUCGUGUGUCGCAGGAAAGGUGUUGAGAACAAGAAACAUGAGCUGUCUUUCGUCUACGACACGGUGACCGAACUGCUAAAGCAUGCAACCCCUAACGGUCCGAGGGCCAGCGCAUAUGCUACACAUCCACUAUCGCGUAAUGCGACACUGCUUGCCCAGCUUUUCAGUGACUACGAGAACCAGCAUGCAUUCUUGGGACGGUCAUUCCUUUACGAACGGGCUCGCGCUGAGCUCCCUGUCAGCGAGAGUUUCUCUUCGCCGCCCAAGGAUGAACACCAGAAGAGUGCGAAGCUGCACUGUCUUUAUGGUGUCCCCUUGCUGUACGCCCAACGUGGCUCACACGAAACCCGUUCGGGUAAGAUGUCGCCCUUUGCAUGUUCCAGAGUGUACGAUAUCAGACAAUACAACGAGAGGACGAAGUGGGGCCCGUUCAUGGACGACGACACGGACAGGGUCGACUGGGAAAGGGUGGAAGCCAUCAUGUUAGUACUUGGUGCCAACCUAAAGCGUCUUGGACUAUCGGAGUCCCCAAUUUGUAAAAGCUUCUUGGACACACCUUUUGCCGGCGUCUGGCCACAGAGUUAUACUGCACACCCUAUCAACCGGGAGGAGUCAGACCCGUUGGAUCUACAGGACCCCUAUGGCGUCACAGGUACCUGGCUUAGAGUCGUCUGCUUCCUUGACUACUGCGACUUCUUCGCCUUCAACUUCGGGCCUGGCCAACGCUUGCCGCCUAACGUCCCGCGCCAGGCCAUUGAUGUUGACGAGGUCACGCGCUUGAUUCUGAUGAAGAUACACGUCGUCAAGAUUGAGCCGGCGGGGCCUGAAAACGGCCAGGCUCUGCCUGUGGUGCACUUCAAAGGCGUGUCCAAGUCACUCGACGACAGCUGGGAUGAGAACGCAAACUCAGAUCUCAGAGGCACUGUGCGCUUGACCCGUGACGGCGAGGUUAGGUGGACAAGCUUUUCUGUCUUCAGUGGCGAGGAAAGAUGGCGGAGUGAAAGUGUGCAAGUAGGGGGCGUAAAAAGUGCUAAGGGAGUACUGGGGAACUGGUUCGACACGUGAGUUUUACUGACCAUGCUGAAUUGAAACGAUAUUCGCUCCGCGGAGGAUGUCAUUAACCUGCAAUCGUAGAGACUUUGAUCCCCAAGGACCUG